UUUCCAUUUAUUUUUUUGCUUAAACUUUGUUGAUCAAACUUUUUUAAGUUACAGUCGCAUUUAUUGUUGUGUUUUGUUGUAUGUAACGCAGUGAAUUAGUAAUAAUUUGUUAUUUGUGUCGUUGAUAUGUAGUGCAAGCUUUUCUGUUUUGGAACUAAAAUUAUUGUGAUAAUUAUUUAUGACAAGCCAACGCGGUAAAUCUUCUAAUGAAAUGGUUGUGCCACGGAAUAAAAACAAAAUACUCUGCUCAACACCGGAACAUAGAAAUGAUUCACCAUCAAGAGACAGUGACUCAUUAUGUGAUUCAGAUUCUGCCAGUCCGGUACCAUUUCUGUGUACACAGGAUGGCACUGAAGGUGAAACUGAUGUCAUAUGGAACCACUACACACCAAAGUCAGGCAACAGGGCACAUGUCAAAAACACAACACCACUCAGUAGAAGAUCAAAAAAAUCUUUAAGACCCAAAGUAUUAGAAAAACCAUUACCUAAAAGAAGAGCUAUAAGGCCAUCAAAAAAGAAAAGUGCACUCCUACAAGAAUUACUAGAAUUAAAUCAGAAUUUGAAUGAGAUAAUAGGCAAUAAGCCUGAAAAAACAUCCAUUCCAGAAAGAGAUGAUUCUGAAGAUGACAUAUUUAGAGAUAUACAAGAGUUUUCUCCAAAAAGUGGUUUGAGAAGUAAUACUUGUUUAAGGAAAAAUCUUUUAAGUUCAAGGUUUUCUAAACCGGAGCCAGAAGUUGGUUUAGAUUCAGACGAUUCCAUGAAUGAAUGUUUGUUGAAAGCAACUCAGGUGGUUGAAGAGAAUUUAUUUAAAGAUGACAAUAUACAGCCAAAAGUUGACAUUCCUGGUAACAAAACUAAAUGUAUGAACUCAUCUUUUUUCAAGAUAGACCAAGAUUCUAUGGAUGCUAUACUUCACAGUAUUAAAUUCGAUUCACCAAGUGCGAAACGAGUUAAAAAGUGUAAUUCACCGCAACUUGUCAAUGAUUCAUUUGAUGGGUUCGUUGGAAAUUUAAAUGAUAGUGCUUUAGAAAGAUUAACGCAAAUGCCUACAAAAAUAAAGUCUCCAGGGCAUGAAACAAAGACUGAAAAAUCAAAUGAAUUACAGUUAGAUUUCAAUGGUUCAUUUUCUAAAACAUCAUUUAGCCGACAUAGUUCUAUGCCAGAAUCUCCAUCUAUAGCGCAACUAAAUAAACCAUCAACAAGUGGUAUGGCUUUUGGAAGAUACAGUUCAAUGCCAAUGGAUAAAAAUCAAAUGGAUCCAAGUGAUUCUCCAAUAAGAUGUACACCUGAUGAAAUUAAGAAGAAACAUCAGAUGGCAAGAGAAAAAUUGCUAGCGAAAAGACAAUUACCAUUUACAUCUUUGCCAUGUUCAAAUGCACUACCUACGAUACCAGAACAAACCUCAUUGAAUAAGUACAAAUUCCAGCCCAAAGUUCCUAGUGAAAAAGCAUUUAUUCAUACUAAAUUAUCUAAUAUAGUAAAUAAACCUAAUUGUACUAACCCACCGCUAUCAAAUCUAAGGAGUAAUACUGAAAUAGAUAUAAAAGCAAUAAUUGAGAAAAAGAGACAAGAAGCAUUAAUGAAAUUAAGACUGCGUAAGCAGACACAAGCCAAAUCAUGAUUGUCGCAUGUAAUUUUUUAGUUGUAAUGUUAAU